UUGCGAUACCCCACGUGAAAUCUGCAGCGGUUGGUUGGGUCACUGCUUUGUAUGAAAUUAUGCCUUCAGCUUCGAGUAAAGUUGCUACACAAUUUUCCACCACAGAAAGUCAGGACCAUAUGAAACAGGUCCUACUUGUGGUGGAAAAGAAGAUUAGAAAUAUAGAGAAAAAGAAGGGCAAGUUAGAAGGUUACAGAGAUCUGGUGAAAGAUGGAAAAGUAUUGAAUGAUGAUCAGCGCCAAUCACUGAAACAUUAUGAUGAGGUGCUUGGAAACCUGGAGUUUGCGAAGGAGCUCCACAAAACGUUCCAGUCUUUGGCGACAGAUUAUGCAAAAAUGGAGAAAAAGAGGAAUAAGAGAGAGCUUGUGUUAAGACAAGAGCAGGAACAGAAAACGAUUCAAAGCAUCCUACUGCUUCAAAACGUGUUGGAUAACAUGGGGCAACAACAAAUCAGAAGUGACUUUGAGGCAGGCAAUAAUGGAGCCAUUAUAUUGAGUGCAGAAGAAUUAACAUACUUGGAUGAGUUUUACAAGAUUGCUUGCCCAUCAAGGGAGGAUGACGAAGAUGAUACUAAAACAACAGAAAGUUAUGAGAAGAAGAGAAUGGCUGCUGGAGAACAUCUGAGCAAGUAUGUAAGAGGGGAUGAGUCUAAGGUCUGCGGAACAACAUAUAAAGAAUUAAAUGGAUUGAUACAAAGGAUUGAAGAGUGUGGCUACUUAGAUAACAUACCAGAUUUCACCCAAGAGCCAGCACAGGAAGCAGCAGAAACAGAAUUGCGAGAUGAGGAAUACAUGACAAAUCCAGAGACACUUCCGGCACAAGACACUACUGACGUACCCACCUCUCUGCAACCUGAAGUCUCACUGAAAUCAGAAGUUGAGCCUGUACCUGUCCACCCCGAGUCUGCCGUGUUAGACACCAUUGAUUACCAGCAGGAAACGAAGGCUGCCCGUGACUUGGACGAGGUCUUGAAAGCUGUCCAGGGUAGUUUCAGCUUUGUGCAGGAUCCUAUUGAUUUUGAUGCUCCUCACCUAGUUGAUCCUGCUGUAGUCUCAGUUUCCCAGCACUCGCAACCAUUUCGCUCUCAGCAGCUAAGCUAUGGAACCUCAGAUUCAGGUAUGAUGGAGCAUUCACAGUCGCAUCAAACACUGGAAAGCCUUCAACAAUCAGGAGGCCAGGUCUUGGAUCAACACCUCUUACAAAGCCCAUCCCAAACACUACCUACACAAUCAAGUACAGAACAAAGUUACAGUGUGGAUCAGGAAUCAGUACUUCAAAGCAAUACAUCAACACACGCCAGUUCCACCUACCAGUCAAGUAUGGCAUCUGACCAGUACGGAGCCACAGACCACUAUGCCACAGGUGGAGACCAAUUCCCCUCAGCCACGGACCAGUACAGCCAGUCGGCAGACCAGUAUGCCAGCUCAAGACUAGGCACAUCUACAGAUUACACGCAAAAUUUGGGUAGCUCUUCGCAAUAUUCAAACCAGGUCGCAGAUUCAGCUUUUCAACAAGAACCAAUGGCACAGCAAGGCCAGUUGUCCAGUGGGCCUAUAUCCAUACCCGAACCCCAGACUAUUGCUCUUCCCACUGAUUCCUCACAAGUUGCUGCGCAGGUAACGACGCAGUCCAAUGUCGUCAUCCCAAAGUCAACAAUGAACGCAAGCGCGCCACCGUUCCAAUCAAGCAUGGCGUACCAAAUGCAGUCUUCACCUCCAAUUGCUCCUGUCGUCUCAACUACUCAAGGACAGGAUGCAUUCCAGAAUAUGGGAUCAACGCAAAUGACUGGAACAGACUCUUAUGGAUCAACUAACAGAAAUCCAGAUCCCUCAUCAGUAAAUUCAGACGUUUCAGGUUCAGGUUAUCAGCAACAAUACCAGCAGCAAGGCAGCUAUCGUAAUAACAACCGUGGAAACCGAGGCAACCGUGGCGGUGUACAAAAUACUGGUUACCGCAGUAACCGAGGAGGAGGACAGCAAUACAGCAGGGGUAAUGGUGGAUACAGUAACAGUCCUCAAAAUAAGAGGGGAUUUAACCAACAAAACUAUAUGCAGCGAAACACUUAUCCGCCUCGUGGAUCAGACGUAGCGUACAACACAGGCAAUGGCGGUGGCAACAGUAUGCACACGUCCAGUACCUUCCAAAACUCAUACAGAUCAGCAAUGCCGGAUAAUGGCUACCAGUCAUAUGACCGACGUACAAACAUGCCACGUGGUAACCCAAGGGGAGGGCGUGGUCAAGGUCCUCGUCCUGGAUAUAACAACCGUGGAAGAGGUGGGUUCAACAAGACCCAACAAUUAACCGCAUAAAUACAAUAAAAGACCAGGUCAUGUACAACCACACUAUGAGUAGUAAGGCCUUGCAACUCAGACCAUGGAUAGUGUGACAACUCUCAGUAGCAUAUUCACCUUAGCCAUCUUUUAACCAAACACAACCGAGCCAUGAUAACUAAUUCUAGCGUUACUGCUGUAGGUGAAACAGCUUUAACAGACUGCCACGCUACAACAACCAUUGAAAACUCGUUUAAAUAGUAUUUUGUUGUGUUUUUCACCACAUUCAAUUAUCCAGAUUCUUCAUGGAUCUUAUCGAAUCAGUGUAUGUAAAUUUAGAUAAAUUCCUCACAACUGCCAAUGUAAUACACUCAAAAGAUGUGCUCUAACUUAGCUAUAUGUAGAAAAUAUUUGCAGAUAAGACUAAACAAUCACCUCAGUGUUAAUUAGAGAUAUGGAUGUUGUUUUUUUAUUAAUUUUUUUUGUAUAAUAUUGAUGCUAUAAAGGGAUUUUCAUUUGUAUUAAUAAAUAACUGACUAAAUGUAAUAUUUUGUAGAUUGCCUGUUUGAAAUUUUUGUAUGCAUGGUUAAUAAUCGCCCUUAAUUUUGUUGAGAAAAAUUUGUUUACGUUAUUUUCUAUUAUAAGACCUUGCUAAAGGUAGAACUGUAAUUUUAUAAUCAAUCUCAUUUCAAUCAGUUACCAAACGAAGUGCCAUCUAUUUACUUAUAAUCCAAUUUCAUGUUAUAUGACUGUAUGCAAGUUUUCAUAUACUGUAAUAUGGCAUUGACAUUCUGCUUGCUUCAUAUAUGUACUGAAAUUCUACCUUCCAUUUUCUUUCAUAUAUGGAGCUGAACGAAAAGUCAGAUUACACUUACGUACUGUACAGUAUAUCUGUUUAGAUGUUAUUCAUGUCUGUUUACAUUAUAUGUUAUACUAUGUGUAUUUAUAAGACUUUACAUAUCAGGCCAGUUACACAAUGUAAAAAUAAUUCUGUUCAAGUCCUUUCACAUAUGCAAGUCCACUUACAUAUAUGUGUUUUUUGAAGGUGCUGUUAGUGUGAACUGCAUUUUAUAAGCUACCUUUGCAAGUCCAGACCCUGUAAUGUUUACUGUCAGUUACAACUAAUUUUUUGUUCAGGAUGCAAAGGUGGCAUUUUUACACUCUGUAAGAAGAAAAUUGUUCAAAAUGGAUAGCAAAGUUAACAAUACAGUUUUGUAUAUCUGCCUUAAAUAACACUACAUUUUGCCUAGUAACGAGGUGGUGUCAUGUGAUGGUAUGGUAUGAUGUCACCAAUUUAGUACCAGUAAUGUUUUACUUUACAAGGCAAGACAUCUAGAUAAUACUGUGAGACAUCAAUAUACAGUACAACUAUUUUUUGGCAGCUGUGGCCAUCUGUGAAAAAGGAUAAAAGAAGACAUGUUUUCCUAAAUGAUUAUAGAAGAAACAUGUUUUUUUAAACUAACAGCGUAAUUUCUCUUGUCAUUAUUUUGCUAUAUCAAAUCUUACUUUGAGUUGGAUUGUUGUGGCCUAUUCUUUGUUGGCAUGUUGCCUCGCUGUACACUUAGUAGCCGUUCCUCUCUAUGUUAAGCUAUAUUAUAGUGUUUGUAGGUAAACAGAUGAGUGAAGAGCAGUAACACCAAGAAGUAUAGUCAUUUUUAUUUCUUUGUACUUAGCAUGAAUAUUGAACCACUACACAGACUGAAAUUGGAACUCCUAUUGAGAUAAUGUAUCACCAAUAUUACAGUAUACAUAUUUUAUUUGAUUAGUAUCACAUUGUAUUCAUGCCUUGGAAAUAUUUUUUCUUCUAAAGUUUUGUCAACAAAUUGUAUUAUCAUUGUAAUUUUUUUUUAAAUAUUACUAGCUAUGAUGUUAACUUAUUAAUUUUGCUUUUUUCCCGUAAGACAAUGAGUAUAUAAUUCUUCAGUGAAGAAAAACUGGCGUUUGUUUUAACUUCAAUCAUUCCUUUCAACUGAGAGCUAUUUUGUUUGUUUUUUUUGUUUUGCAUUUGCUUUCUAUUCGAUUAAAUUCUCAACUCGGUACAUUAAUCCUAUGCUGGUUUGUAUUGUUUAAUGAAAGAAUAAAACAGCGAGUCCUGGGACACAUUCGUA